UCACAGACUUUAACACAAUGUAUCCAUUUUCACUCUCUUUAUUUCCUCUUCUUCUACUCCUCAUGUUCAUCUUCUCAUUUCUUUCUAUCCCUUCUAUCUCAACCAAUCAACAUGCAAAUAACAUGGAAUCCCAAGAACUUGAAACUCUUUUCAAGAUUAUGGAAUCCAUGUCUUCUGAUCAAAAUUGGAGAAUUUCCCAUCCAAAUCCAUGUAAACAAACUUCAUCUUGGCUUGGAAUAGAGUGCAAAAAAAGUAAUAUUGAUAACAUGUUUCAUGUUACUAGGCUUGAUUUUGGUACAAAUCCAAAUCCAACAUGCAAAAAUACAUCAACUUUCCCUUCACAAAUUUUUCAACUCCCAAAUCUUGAAUCUAUUUUCUUUAUUCAAUGUUUCAAAUAUAUCAAAACAAGAAUCACUUUUCCAAAAACAAGAAUUCUAAGCCUUUCACUUCAACAACUUAGUCUAAGAUCAAAUCCUUCACUUUUUGGUUCAAUCCCACCUCAAAUAUCACUACUAAAAUCACUUCAAAUUCUUACUUUGUCACAAAACAAUCUUUUUGGUCAAAUUCCUUUAGAAAUCUUUACCUUGAGUUCACUUGUACAUCUUGAUUUAAGCUACAACAAGUUUACAAGUAAAAUCCAUGACCAAAUUGGUAAUUUCAAAAAUCUUGUAGGCUUAGAUUUAAGCUACAACAAUUUCAUUGGUUCAAUUCCUAACACAAUUGGCCAACUUGGUACACUUCAAAAGCUUGACUUAAGUUCUAAUUCAUUCACUGGAAAAAUUCCAGAGAGCAUAGAAAAUCUACAUUCUUUGAUUUUCUUGGCUUUAAGUAACAAUAAAUUAAGUGGGAAUUUUCCUAAAGGUUUAAUUAAGUUACAGAGUUUACAAUAUUUUCUUAUGGAUGAUAAUCCAAUGUUUAUUCCAUUACCAGUUGAGUUCAGUCAGCUGAAAAAACUUCAAGAAUUGAGACUUGCUUCUUCUGGUUAUUCAGGAAAAAUACCAUCAAGUUAUUCAAAACUCUUGAAUUUAAGCACAUUGUCAUUACAAAAUAAUCGAUUAACGGGUGAAAUUCCAGUUGAAUUUUCUAGUUUUUCACAUAUGUAUCACUUGAAUUUGAGCAGAAAUUUUUUGGAUGGUGUUGUUCCAUUUAAUUCAAGUUUCUUGAAAAGACUUGGUAGAAAUUUGGACUUAAGUGGAAAUCCAGGGCUUUGUUUUAAUCCACCUGAAGCAAAUGGAGUUUAUGUUGGAGUUAAUAUUUGUGGGAGAAACAAAAAUAGUUCUAUAAUUAUGCCAUUGAAGAAAUCUGAAGCUUCAUAUGGAGUAAUGAAGUCAUUUUUUCUUAUGUUUGUUUUCUGUAUUAUGGCUUUGUAUUAUUUAUUUUUCUUUGUUUAGGAAUUAGGUUUGGUUGUAUUAUUGAUUCUUUUUACUAAAUUGUACCUCCCAACAUGUACU